ACCAUCGUAGGGAAUGGUAUAUCGUGCCGCGGUUCACAAAAUAACGUAUCUUACCUUAAUUUGAAUCGAAAAACAAAAUAAAAUUUUCCGUUUUCCAGAUUUUUUGUAUCUAUAUAUUUAUUAGAAUACGGCGCCAUAUCAUUCUUUAUGAAACGUUAUAAUCUAUAUAAAAAUAUUUAAAAGAUGUUUCACUUAAGAACUGUUAUACUAACAUUAGUUUUAGGAUUAGUAAUAGGACAACAACAGCCACCUAGAAGACCAGGAUUAAGAAAAGUAACAAAAAGAGUUACAACAACAACAACUCCAUCACCACCACCAAUUCAUAUUUCAGAAAAUUCUGAUGAUGACGAUGGUACAAGUGAAGAUUGUCCAGAACCAAAUGGUUAUUUCGCUGAUGCUGAACAAUGUGAUAAAUAUUAUGCAUGCAAUGAAGGUGUUAUAACUGAAAAACUUUGUCCUGAUGGUAUGGUGUUCAAUGAUUUUUCAAUUGAUCAAGAAAAAUGUGAUUUACCAUAUAAUAUAGAUUGUUCACAAAGGCCAAAAUUACAAACUCCACAGCCAACAUUGAAUUGUCCACGUCUAAAUGGUUAUUUUGGACACGAAAAUAAGAAUAUUUGUGAUAAAUUCUUUUAUUGUGUUGAUGGUAAAUUUAAUAUGAUCGUGUGUCCAUCUGGCUUAGUGUUUAAUCCUAAAACUGGUAUAUGUACAUGGGCUGAUGAAGCUGGUCGUACUGGUUGCUCAUCUGAAGAUGUUUUUCAAUUUACAUGCCCAAAAGUUAAUGAAACUGAAGCUGCAACACAUCCACGUUACGCUGACCCAGAUGAUUGCCAAUAUUUUUAUGUUUGUAUUAAUGGUGAAACACCAAGACGUAACGGUUGUAAAUUAGGUCAAGUAUUCGAUGAUGAACAUAAAAAAUGUGAAUGGUCAAGAAAAGUACCCGAAUGUGCUGAUUGGUAUAAAGAUAAAUUGACAGAUGCAGAAUUAGAUGAAUUAGAGAAUCCUAAACCAAAAAAACCUAAAACUAAAGGACCAUCAAAUAGAAGAAAACAACCCAAAGCAAAAAUUGUUGUUGUUGAAGAAGAUGAAGAGGCGGAAGAAUAACUGCGAUUAAAAUUUUUAUUUUAAUUUUUGAAAUUAAUUUUUGUUUUAUUUUUGUAUUACAUUUUAGAAUUUUUUUAAAAUUUAUUAAUUUUUUUAGUAAUUAUAAAAACAAAAAGAAAACACUAAAAUAUACGCUAGAAAUGUUUUAAAUUUCAUGCUUAUCGUCA